AUGCCAGCUUUAAUAACCCACCCUUCCCACCCCAUCCACCCUUUAACCCUCUUCUCUACUCCUGUUUACCCUGGUGGCUCGUUCAACUGUGAUGGUUGUGGCCGACAAGGAACUGGAUUUAGCUACCAUUGCACCACCUGUGAUUUUGAUGUACACAUGAUGUGUGCCACAAAUCCACUCUCGCUUGCUCACCAAUCUCAUCCUCACCAGCUUAACCUGGCCUUUUAUCCUCCUUACCAAACCAAAGGUUUUUCUUGUGAUAUUUGUCGCAGGAUAGGAUCUAACCAUUGGCUUUAUCGGUGUGGUGCUUGCGAGUUUGAUGCACAUAUGGAGUGUGCAAUGAGAGUUAAUAAUACGCCUUUGCCUCAUCUUCAGCAUACCAGCUCUUUACCAGCAGCCAACAGUGUCAACAUUCAAUACCAGCAGCGGCCUGGACCUGGAGGUGGCGAUUACGUUUACAGGCACAGCCAAAGCAUGGGAGCUAUGCCUAUGCAGCAGCAGCAGGAGGAGGCUAGCUAUGGGGGUCCUAAUGGGGCAGGAAAUGGCACCAUAAUGGAUACAAUGGUUCAAGGUUUUGUAGAUGGGGCUGCACAACAGGUUGGUCAAAUGUUUGUGCAAAGCAUCAUCAAUCCUGAUGCUAAUGGUGGCACUGGCAACAAUAAUGGUGAUGAUUCUUCCAAUCCUUCUACAGUUAGUAUUGGAUCUUCCAUUUUGAGUGCUGUGUUUGGUGGUGACUCUGAUAAUUCAUAA